CCCAUUUGACAGUCUGAUAAUUAGUGAGUUUGGAAUUAAUUAGACGUACACCGGAAAUUCAUAAUUUCGUAAUUAUAUUGAAUUAUAUUCAUUUUCGUGAUAUUUAUCAUAUUUUUAUAUUAAUUUUAAUCCAGGCAGCUUUUAUAAGUUAUGUUUGUUUCCUGAUUUAAAUUAAUUAGCAUUUAUUAUUUUAUGUUGUAAAUACCAUUAGUAGUUACGUUGAAUUUAGGACGAAUGAUUGUGCCUGAUAAAAAAGACAGCUGUGCUAUAUAUUUUAUAUUUUAUUAUGCUUUAGAAUAUUAUUUGAUAUUAUUGAAAUUUUUAGAUUUGCUAAAUUGCGAUAGAAUGAAAUUUUAUUCAAAUUUUUUUUUUUUUAAAUUAUCGUUACAUUGCAUUAUAUGUAUUAUACUUAUUCAUUACAUCAUGAUGUUGAAAUUGAUAAAAUAAUAAUUUUAAUAGAUUCAUUCUCUAUGUUAGAACGAAUCUCGUAUGAAUUGCUGCUAAAAAUAAUAGAAAUAAUACGUUGCUAACAGUAUUUUGUUAUAUAAUAUCAAGGAUUUAACUUGUAAUAACAGUAUUUUCCUAGCAUCGAAUUAGAUAUCAUCCAACUUACCAACUUACGUAUUGUAUGGAUAAGAAUGCUAGCAUGUCUGUUCAAAAUGCUAUAGAAAUAUUCACAACUAUUAUGCGUUCCUUAAAUACGGUCGAUAAACAAGUAUUUUUAUCAUUUAUUGCUGAUAAUUGGAAACCUCAAGAAAUAAAGAUUCAAUCUGUUUCAAAUGAUAAUUGUCAUAAAGAAUGUAGUUUGCAGGAAAAAAAAUUAAAUGAAAUAAAAAAAAUUAUUAUUGAUAUCAAAAAUAGAAUACCAUUUGAUGGUAUAUUUCCAUCAGAACACAUUGUACCACCAAUAAUUGGAGAGAAUUCAGACUGUGAUAAUAAAUCAACAAAACAUAUUGAUGCUUUUCUUUAUGAUGAUGAAGAAGUAGAUGAACUUAUAGAAAAGGGAGAAUUGAAUAAUUUAUAUUGUUCCGACUGUGGAUCUACUAAUGUAAAACAAUAUAAUAUUAUAUCACAUUCCAUGUCAGUAUCUGAUAUGUUGUAUAUAUUUCAUAUUUUACCAUGUUUGAAAGAAAAAAUUAUACUCGAUAUAGGAUCUCGAUUGGGUGCUGUUUUAUAUGGAGCACACAUAUUUACAUCUGCCAAAAAAAUCAUUGGAGUUGAAAUGAAUAAAGAACUUUGUUCAUUACAAUGUGAUAUAGUAAAUAAAUAUAAUAUGAAUGAUCGUAUUGAAAUUGUGAAUAAAAGAAUUGAGAUGUGUCCUGAUAUAAUACAGAAGAGUGAUAUAAUCAUUAUGAACAAUCCAUUUGAGUUUUAUGUUUCAGAAUUAGAACAUACAAAAAUUUGGAAGUUUUUGAAAACUAACAUUCAAAGUGGAACAAUUCUAAUUACUAAGCCAUCUAUUGAAAUUACUUUCAAAUAUUUAAAAACUGAAAUAAUACUAGAUAAAUGGGUAAAAUCUUACAAAUCAAAAAAAUAUAAAAAAGAAUCUCAAAUAUUUAUAAAAUCAACUGAAAAUCCAGAUAUUAAAUUUUAUGAAGUAUUAUAA